AUGAGAAUUAAGAAGAACCUUAAUAAGGCAACGUCCAAAGGAUUUUCGCAAUCCUCACACGGUACUGUUUCGAGGGGAGUUGGGAUAACCCCUAUUUGCCACUGUGGUGAUAUUGCUGUAAUGAAAGUUGCCAGAACUUCAAGGAAUGCUGGGAGGAAAUUUUGGGGAUGUCGUCAUUACAAGGGUGGAUUUUCAACUGGGAUGUCAUGUAAUUUUUUCAAGUGGUGUUUUGAGGACAAUGCUGAUGAUAGAAAUGGUACAAUUGUGAGACAAAGCAACAGGAUAUGUGAUCUGGAAAAUAAUGUGAAAGAGUUGCAGAGAAGGAUAAAGUUCUUACUUGGAGUUGUGUUUGUUGUUAUUGUGUUGAACAUUAUGACAUUGUGGCUGUGUUUAGCUUGA